AUGCUCUUACUGACUGUGGUUUGUGUGAAGUGUUCUGAUAAACCUUUAACCUUGAUCUUCUUCUUUUACAGCUUGGAGAACAGCCAGAGAGCAGAGGAAGUGUUGACGUCCUGUGACUUUAACCAGGACAGCGAACCCUUCUGCAGGUUCACCCAGGACACUGAAGACCACAGUGACUGGACCCGACAUAGAGGUGAAACCCCAACACCUGGCACUGGCCCCAAAGGAGACUACCCUGAUGGACAGGGCUUCUACAUCUACCAUGAGUGUGACAACGUGGCUAAUAAGCAGAAAGCUCGUCUGCUAAGUCCUUCUUUGACGUCACUGUCCUCCCAGAUCUGUGUCCAGUUCAAGUACUACAUGUAUGGUUCUGACAGUGCAAAUGCAUUGAGAGUUCUGGCCAAGUGGACUAGUAGAGAGGAGGAGGUCUGGAGUCGAACUGGAAUCCAGAGUCCAUCCUGGCUCAAUGGCUCUGCCACCGUGUCAAAAUCUAGCAGUGAGAGUGUCAUUAUUGUUUUUGAGGCAGUGAGAGGUGUCAGUUCUUCCUGUGACUCAGCUCUGGACAACAUUGUCAUCACUGAUGGACCAUGUCCCUCUUGUCUUUCUGGCUGUGACUUUGACACCAUUACUGAACUUUGUGGGUGGUCCAGUCACAUUGAUAAUCCUAAUAUGAUGGGCUUUGACCAGUGGAAUGGGCCAACAGAAACCGAAGGCACUGGACCUAGCGACGACUUCUCCAAACCUGGAUUGGGACUCUUCAUGUUGUUGGAUUCUACUGAAGCUGUCCCUGGAGUCAGUUCACAGAUCAGAAGUCCUUUAUUGACCCCUUCCUCCGGAUGUCUGGAUCUCACGUUCCACUACUACAUGUACGGCACCAGCACCACCAUGGAGCUCCGCGUUCAUACAAUGUCACCAGGUGGAAACCUUGGACCUAUUCUUUUCCAGCUCAAGGGCAAUCAAGGCCAAAGCUGGAAGCCUGCAACUGUCCAAUAUCUGGGAACUACUGCAGUUCAGUUUGUUAUUGUCGGUACCUUUGGAGAAACUCCUCAGACGGAUAUUGCUGUUGAUGCUGUGUGUAUAACGAGCUGCAAAGCCCAGACAACAACUCCUUCACCGCCAGUAACUACUCCAGGACCAACCACUCCAGGUCCAACUACACCAAAACCAACGACUCCAGGACCAACUACACCUAAACCAACCACUCCAGGACCAACUACACCACCACCAAAGCCGUGCCCACCUGAUGCAGAGUAUAUAGAGUGUGGUCCAGCCUGUAUCCCCACCUGUAUGGAGCCCUCCACCAACUGCUCUGGCUCCUGCAUCAGCGGCUGCUUCUGUAGACCAGGGUUCGUCUUCAAAGGACAGCGCUGUGUGCCCCUGGAGAAGUGUGGCUGUCUGGAUGACCAGAAUAACUAUUAUGAGCCUGGUGAGAUCAUAUUUGGAGAUGGCUGCUCAACCCUGUGUCGCUGUGCAGGAAACUACACUUUGGAAUGUGUUGAUAACUCCUGUGACCCCACUGAAGAGUGUCGCGAGGUUAACGGUGUUGCAGCCUGCUACCCUAAAGGUACAUCCACAUGCAUAGCGUCUGGUGAUCCCCACUACACCACCUUUGACAAAGUGAACUACAACUUCAUGGGCAACUGCAGCUACCUGAUGUCUGCACUCUGCAAUGACACCGCUCUGCCAUAUUUUGAGGUCCACGCUGACAAUGAGAAUCGCUUCAACACGCCCACCAUUUCCUAUGUGGCGGCCGUUCAUGUAUAUGUACACGGGGUGAAGAUUUCCAUUCUCAAAGGAGGCACUGUGCAGGUGAAUGGGACCAACGUUCAUUUGCCAGUGAGUCCAGCCACUGGUGUCUCUGUGUUCAAGUCUGGAGUUCACUACACUGUGUCCAUGAACUUUGGUGUGACUGUUCGCUAUGAUGGAAAUCACUUCAUGGACAUCAAAGUAAUCAAAGACUAUCAGGACAAACUUUGUGGGCUGUGUGCAGAUUAUAAUGGAAAUACUAAAGAUGAGUUCCGCAAACCAGACGGAUCAUUGACCAACGAUGCCAAUGACUUUGGACACAGCUGGAACACUAAUCCAGAGUGUAAUAAGAAACCUAACACAACUGUCCCUGGGUGUAAUGAAGGAGAGCAGGAAAUCUAUGAGAGCUCUGGGUUCUGUGGAAUGCUGCUGGACAAAAAGGGUCCAUUUGCUGCUUGCCACCCCAAAGUCAACCCCAAUAACUACUUCAAGAACUGUGUCUUUGACCUGUGUGAGCUGGGAGGUGCCAGACCUGUUCUGUGUGAAGCCAUUGAAGCCUACGUGAAUGAGUGCCAGGACCGUGGGGUCAACAUUGGACCUUGGAGGAAUGAGACCUUUUGCCCUCUGAGCUGUCCCCCCAACAGUCACUAUGAGCCCUGUGCAGACCCCUGUCAGCAGACAUGUUCUGGAAAACCCUCGUCCUGCAGUGGACCCUGCUCUGAGGCCUGUGUGUGUGAUCCUGGCUACGUCCUGAGUGCUGGCAAGUGCGUCAAGAAGAAUUCAUGUGGCUGCCUCCACAACAACGGACAAUAUUAUGAGCCAGGAGAGGAGUUCUAUGUAGAGGACUGUAAGCUAAAAUGCAGGUGUGAUGCUCCAUUUGUCACGUGUGCGGCCGGUGGAUGUCCCCCACUGCAUGAGUGUAAACUUCAGGAUGGAGAGCUGGGCUGCUACCCCACUGGUUCUCAGGACUGCGUGGUCUCUGGAGACCCUCAUUACAACACCUUUGACAAGAAGUUCUACAGCUUCAUGGGAACAUGUACCUACACACUGGCCAGAUCCUGCAGGAACAACACAGGUCCUUGGUUCUCAGUGGAGGGAAAGAAUGAGGAGAGAGGAGUGACAGGUGUUUCCUAUCUCCGGAAACUGUACAUCACUGUAAAUGGAAUCACUGUGACAUUGCUGAAGAGCAGGAGGACGCUGGUCAAUGGACUCCGAGUGGCCCUGCCUCACUCCCCGUCUCCCCUCAUGUCUCUCAGUCUUGCUGGUCAGUACAUCACCCUGCAGACGACCUUUGGCCUUCGAGUCCGUUGGGAUGGAAACCACUACGCCCAGAUUACAGUUCCCAGCUCUUACCAUGACCAGAUGUGUGGUCUCUGUGGAGAUUAUGAUGGGAACCCGAACAAUGACUUCACUAAACCAGACGGCUCUCUGGUAGCGAAUGUCAAUGACUUUGGGAACAGCUGGCAAACCAAAGAAGAUGAGGAUGAAUCGUGUACCCCAGGCACCAAGCCCGACCCAGACUGUGACCCCAACCUGGAGGCUGAGGUGGUAAAACCUGAGAAAUGUGGCAAAAUCAAAGACCCAUCUGGACCCUUUAGGGAGUGCAUCAAUGUGGUGAAUCCCACUCCAUUCUUCCAGAGCUGUGUGUAUGACAUGUGUCAGUUUAAUGGGCAGCUGCAUGUACUGUGUGACCAGCUCCAGGCCUACACUGAUGCCUGUCAAAGCGCUGGAGCCAAAGUCCACCAGUGGAGAACUCCAGACUUUUGUCCCCUGGCCUGUCCUCCCAACAGCUCCUACUCUCUGUGUGUGAGUUCAUGUCCAGAGACAUGCCAGGGUGCUGUUGGACCUUCAGGCUGUGAGGACGUGUGUGUAGAGGGUUGCGAGUGUAACCCAGGCUUCAUUCUCAGCAACGACAAGUGUGUGGCUCUGAAGGACUGUGGCUGUGUGGACACCAGUGGAUCCUAUCACCCUGUGGGUGAUGACUGGUUCUUGGAGGGUUGUGAGCAGAGGUGUGUGUGUAACAGUGGAGGAUCGAUCCAGUGUCGCAACAGCAGCUGCAAUCCAACCACUGAGAGCUGCCAGUUACAAGAUGGAGAGUAUGAAUGCCGUCCCUUGGGAAGUGGAAUCUGCUCAGCAUCCGGAGAUCCUCACUACACCACCUUUGACAAACACAGUCACCAUUAUAUGGGAGCCUGUUCCUACACCCUGACCAAACCCUGCAACAUUUCCUCUGACUUGCCGUACUUUACUGUGGACACCCAGAAUGAGCACAGAGGAAGCAAUACCAAGAUUUCCUACGUCAGGGCUGUGGUGAUCAAUGUCAACGGUAUCACUGUGAUCCUUGGCAAAGGCCGCACAGUUCAGGUCAAUGGGACUCUGGUGGUUCCUCCUAUCACCUCUAUCACUGGAAUGAAGAUCUACUUGAGUGGAACAUUCAUCGUGUUGGAGACGUCAUUUGGCCUAAGGGUGCGUUUUGAUGGGAACCACCACGCUGACGUCACUGUGCCAACGUCUUACAACGGCCUCCUCUGUGGCCUGUGUGGAAACUUUAAUGGCAACUCCAAAGAUGACAACUUGAAACCAGACAAUACUCCAGCUGCUAACACCAACGAACUGGGAGACAGUUGGCAGGUCCCUGACCCACGUCCUGACUGUACGAAUGGAGGAGGACAGGAAGAUUGUGAUAAAAAAGUAGAGGAGGAGGCAAAGAAGCCGACCAGCUGUGGCAUGAUCACUGAUCCCAAUGGUAUCUUCAAGCCGUGCCAUGCAUUCGUGCCCCCCACUCCAUACUUUGAAAACUGUGUGUAUGACAUGUGUGCUACCGGAGGUCAGACUGGGGCUUUGUGCGAAGCCAUACAGAGCUAUGCUGACUUGUGUGCUGCAGCAGGAGUCCCCAUCGCAUGGAGGAACAGCACCUUCUGUCCCCUGACGUGUCCUCCUGGCAGUCACUACACCCCAUGCGGCCCCGCCUGUCCCCAGCCCAGCUGUCAGGACCCUGCAGGUCCCGGUGGCUCCUGCAACCAUCCAUGCGUGGAGGGAUGCAUCUGUAACCCUGGCCUCGUCCUCAGUGGAGACAAAUGUGUCCCACUGAGUGAGUGCGGCUGCACUGAUGGAGAUGGAAAUUACAGACCGCUGGGAGACACUUGGUUUACAGAGAUGAAUUGCUCAGAGCGCUGUCAGUGUCAUGGCAACCACAACAUCACCUGCGAGGCCUGGCAGUGCAGCCCUACAGAGGAGUGUAAAGUGGUGGAUGGAGUCCUGGACUGUCACUCUACAGGACCAACUACACCUAAACCAACGACUCCAGGACCAACUACACCUAAACCAACCACUCCUGGACCAACUACAUCACCACCAAAACCGUGUCCACCUGAUGCAGAGUAUAUAGAGUGUGGUCCAGCCUGUAUCCCCACCUGUAUGGAGCCCUCCACCAACUGCUCUGGCUCCUGCAUCAGCGGCUGCUUCUGUAGACCAGGGUUCGUCUUCAAAGGACAGCGCUGUGUGCCCCUGGAGAAGUGUGGCUGUCUGGAUGACCAGAAUAACUAUUAUGAGCCUGGUGAGAUCAUAUUUGGAGAUGGCUGCUCAACCCUGUGUCGCUGUGCAGGAAACUACACUUUGGAAUGUGUUGAUAACUCCUGUGACCCCACUGAAGAGUGUCGCGAGGUUAACGGUGUUGCAGCCUGCUACCCUAAAGGUACAUCCACAUGCAUAGCGUCUGGUGAUCCCCACUACACCACCUUUGACAAAGUGAACUACAACUUCAUGGGCAACUGCAGCUACCUGAUGUCUGCACUCUGCAAUGACACCGCUCUGCCAUAUUUUGAGGUCCACGCUGACAAUGAGAAUCGCUUCAACACGCCCACCAUUUCCUAUGUGGCGGCCGUUCAUGUAUAUGUACACGGGGUGAAGAUUUCCAUUCUCAAAGGAGGCACUGUGCAGGUGAAUGGGACCAACGUUCAUUUGCCAGUGAGUCCAGCCACUGGUGUCUCUGUGUUCAAGUCUGGAGUUCACUACACUGUGUCCAUGAACUUUGGUGUGACUGUUCGCUAUGAUGGAAAUCACUUCAUGGACAUCAAAGUGAUCAAAGACUAUCAGGACAAACUUUGUGGGCUGUGUGCAGAUUAUAAUGGAAAUACUAAAGAUGAGUUCCGCAAACCAGACGGAUCAUUGACCAACGAUGCCAAUGACUUUGGACACAGCUGGAACACUAAUCCAGAGUGUAAUAAGAAACCUAACACAACUGUCCCUGGGUGUAAUGAAGGAGAGCAGGAAAUCUAUGAGAGCUCUGGGUUCUGUGGAAUGCUGCUGGACAAAAAGGGUCCAUUUGCUGCUUGCCACCCCAAAGUCAACCCCAAUAACUACUUCAAGAACUGUGUCUUUGACCUGUGUGAGUUGGGAGGUGCCAGACCUGUUCUGUGUGAAGCCAUUGAGGCCUACGUAAAUGAGUGCCAGGACCGUGGGGUCAACAUUGGACCUUGGAGGAAUGAGACCUUUUGCCCUCUGAGCUGUCCCCCCAACAGUCACUAUGAGCCCUGUGCAGACCCCUGUCAGCAGACAUGUUCUGGAAAACCCCCGUCCUGCAGUGGACCCUGCUCUGAGGCCUGUGUGUGUGAUCCUGGCUACGUCCUGAGUGCUGGCAAGUGCGUCAAGAAGAAUUCAUGUGGCUGCCUCCACACCAACGGACAAUAUUAUGAGCCAGGAGAGGAGUUCUAUGUAGAGGACUGUAAGCUAAAAUGCAGGUGUGAUGCUCCAUUUGUCACGUGUGCGGCCGGUGGAUGUCCCCCACUGCAUGAGUGUAAACUUCAGGAUGGAGAGCUGGGCUGCUACCCCACUGGUUCUCAGGACUGCGUGGUCUCUGGAGACCCUCAUUACAACACCUUUGACAAGAAGUUCUACAGCUUCAUGGGAACAUGUACCUACACACUGGCCAGAUCCUGCAGGAACAACACAGGUCCUUGGUUCUCAGUGGAGGGAAAGAAUGAGGAGAGAGGAGUGACAGGUGUUUCCUAUCUCCGGAAACUGUACAUCACUGUAAAUGGAAUCACUGUGACCAUGCUGAAGAGCAGGAGGACACUGGUCAAUGGACUCCGAGUGGCCCUGCCUCACUCCCCGUCUCCCCUCAUGUCUCUCAGUCUUGCUGGUCAGUACGUCACCCUGCAGACGACCUUUGGCCUUCGAGUCCGUUGGGAUGGAAACCACUACGCCCAGAUUACAGUUCCCAGCUCUUACCAUGACCAGAUGUGUGGUCUCUGUGGAGAUUAUGAUGGGAACCCAAACAAUGACUUCAUUAAACCAGACGGCUCUCUGGUAGCGAAUGUCAAUGACUUUGGGAACAGCUGGCAAACCAAAGAAGAUGAGGAUGAAUCGUGUACCCCAGGCACCAAGCCCGACCCAGACUGUGACCCCAACCUGGAGGCUGAGGUGGUAAAACCUGAGAAAUGUGGCAAAAUCAAAGACCCAUCUGGACCCUUUAGGGAGUGCAUCAAUGUGGUGAAUCCCACUCCAUUCUUCCAGAGCUGUGUGUAUGACAUGUGUCAGUUUAAUGGGCAGCUGCAUGUACUGUGUGACCAGCUCCAGGUCUACACUGAUGCCUGUCAAAGCGCUGGAGCCAAAGUCCACCAGUGGAGAACUCCGGACUUUUGUCCCCUGGCCUGUCCUCCCAACAGCUCCUACUCUCUGUGUGUGAGUUCAUGUCCAGAGACAUGCCAGGGUGCUGUUGGACCUUCAGGCUGUGAGGACGUGUGUGUAGAGGGUUGCGAGUGUAACCCAGGCUUCAUUCUCAGCAACGACAAGUGUGUGGCUCUGAAGGACUGUGGCUGUGUGGACACCAGUGGAUCCUAUCACCCUGUGGGUGAUGACUGGUUCUUGGAGGGUUGUGAGCAGAGGUGUGUGUGUAACAGUGGAGGAUCGAUCCAGUGUCGCAACAGCAGCUGCAAUCCAACCACUGAGAGCUGCCAGUUACAAGAUGGAGAGUAUGAAUGCCGUCCUUUGGGAAGGGGAAUCUGCUCAGCAUCUGGAGAUCCUCACUACACCACCUUUGACAAACACAGUCACCAUUAUAUGGGAGCCUGUUCCUACACCCUGACCAAACCCUGCAACAUUUCCUCUGACUUGCCGUACUUUACUGUGGACACCCAGAAUGAGCACAGAGGAAGCAAUACCAAGAUUUCCUACGUCAGGGCUGUGGUGAUCAAUGUCAACGGUAUCACUGUGAUCCUUGGCAAAGGCCGCACAGUUCAGGUUAAUGGGACUCUGGUGGUUCCUCCUAUCACCUCUAUCACUGGAAUGAAGAUCUACUUGAGUGGAACAUUCAUCGUGUUGGAGACGUCAUUUGGCCUAAGGGUGCGUUUUGAUGGGAACCACCACGCUGACGUCACUGUGCCAACGUCUUACAAUGGCCUUCUCUGUGGCCUGUGUGGAAACUUUAAUGGCAACUCCAAAGAUGACAACUUGAAACCAGACAAUACUCCAGCUGCUAACACCAACGAACUGGGAGACAGUUGGCAGGUCCCUGACCCACGUCCUGACUGUACGAAUGGAGGAGGACAGGAAGAUUGUGAUAAAAAUGUAGAGGAGGAGGCAAAGAAGCCGACCAGCUGUGGCAUGAUCACUGAUCCCAAUGGUAUCUUCAAGCCGUGCCAUGCAUUCGUGCCCCCCACUCCAUACUUUGAAAACUGUGUGUAUGACAUGUGUGCUACCGGAGGUCAGACUGGGGCGUUGUGCGAAGCCAUACAGAGCUAUGCUGACUUGUGUGCUGCAGCAGGAGUCCCCAUCGCAUGGAGGAACAGCACCUUCUGUCCCCUGACGUGUCCUCCUGGCAGUCACUACACCCCAUGCGGCCCCGCCUGUCCCCAGCCCAGCUGUCAGGACCCUGCAGGUCCCGGUGGCUCUUGCAACCAUCCAUGCGUGGAGGGAUGCAUCUGUAACCCUGGCCUCGUCCUCAGUGGAGACAAAUGUGUCCCACUGAGUGAGUGCGGCUGCACUGAUGGAGAUGGAAAUUACAGACCGCUGGGAGACACUUGGUUCACAGAGAUGAAUUGCUCAGAGCGCUGUCAGUGUCAUGGCAACCACAACAUCACCUGCGAGGCCUGGCAGUGCAGCCCUACAGAGGAGUGUAAAGUGGUGGAUGGAGUCCUGGACUGUCACUCUACAGGACCAACUACACCUAAACCAACCACUCCAGGACCAACUACACCUAAACCAACCACUCCAGGACCAACUACACCUAAACCAACGACUCCAGGACCAACUACACCACCACCAAAACCGUGUCCACCUGAUGCAGAGUAUAUAGAGUGUGGUCCAGCCUGUAUCCCCACCUGUAUGGAGCCCUCCACCAACUGCUCUGGCUCCUGCAUCAGCGGCUGCUUCUGUAAACCAGGCUUCGUCUUCAAAGGACAGCGCUGUGUUCCCCUGGAGAAGUGUGGCUGUCUGGAUGACCAGAAUAAUUAUUAUGAGCCUGGUGAGAUCAUAUUUGGAGAUGGCUGCUCAACGCUGUGUCGCUGUGCAGGGAACUACACUUUGGAAUGUGUUGAUAACUCCUGUGACCCCACUGAAGAGUGUCGCGAGGUUAACGGUGUUGCAGCCUGCUACCCUAAAGGUACAUCCACAUGCAUAGCGACUAGUGAUCCCCACUACACCACCUUUGACAAAGUGAACUACAACUUCAUGGGCAACUGCAGCUACCUGAUGUCUGCACUCUGCAAUGACACCGCUCUGCCAUAUUUUGAGGUCCACGCUGACAAUGAGAAUCGCUUCAACACGCCCACCAUUUCCUAUGUGGCGGCCGUUCAUGUAUAUGUACACAAGGUGAAGAUCUCCAUUCUCAAAGGAGGCACUGUGCAGGUGAAUGGGACCAACGUUCAUUUGCCAGUGAGUCCAGCCACUGGUGUCUCUGUGUUCAAGUCUGGAGUUCACUACACUGUGUCCAUGAACUUUGGUGUGACUGUUCGCUAUGAUGGAAAUCACUUCAUGGACAUCAAAGUGAUCAAAGACUAUCAGGACAAACUUUGUGGGCUGUGUGCAGAUUAUAAUGGAAAUACUAAAGAUGAGUUCCGCAAACCAGAUGGAUCAUUGACCAACGAUGCCAAUGACUUUGGACACAGCUGGAACACUAAUCCAGAGUGUAAUAAGAAACCUAACACAACUGUCCCUGGGUGUAAUGAAGGAGAGCAGGAAAUCUAUGAGAGCUCUGGGUUCUGUGGAAUGCUGCUGGACAAAAAGGGUCCAUUUGCUGCUUGCCACCCCAAAGUCAACCCCAAUAACUACUUCAAGAACUGUGUCUUUGACCUGUGUGAGUUGGGAGGUGCCAGACCUGUUCUGUGUGAAGCCAUUGAAGCCUACGUGAAUGAGUGCCAGGACCGUGGGGUCAACAUUGGACCUUGGAGGAAUGAGACCUUUUGCCCUCUGAGCUGUCCCCCCAACAGUCACUAUGAGCCCUGUGCAGACCCCUGUCAGGAGACAUGUACUGGAAAACCCCCGUCCUGCAGUGGACCCUGCUCUGAGGCCUGUGUGUGUGAUCCUGGCUAUGUGCUGAGUGCUGGCAAGUGUGUCAAGAAGAAUUCAUGUGGCUGCCUCCACACCAACGGACAAUAUUAUGAGCCAGGAGAGGAGUUCUAUGUAGAGGACUGUAAGCUAAAAUGCAGGUGUGAUGCUCCAUUUGUCACGUGUGUGGCCGGUGGAUGUCCCCCACUGCAUGAGUGUAAACUUCAGGAUGGAGAGCUGGGCUGCUACCCCACUGGUUCUCAGGACUGCGUGGUCUCUGGAGACCCUCAUUACAACACCUUUGACAAGAAGUUCUACAGCUUCAUGGGAACAUGUACCUACACACUGGCCAGAUCCUGCAGGAACAACACAGGUCCUUGGUUCUCAGUGGAGGGAAAGAAUGAGGAGAGAGGAGUGACAGGUGUUUCCUAUCUCCGGAAACUGUACAUCACUGUAAAUGGAAUCACUGUGACAUUGCUGAAGAGCAGGAGGACGCUGGUCAAUGGACUUCGAGUGGCCCUGCCUCACUCCCCGUCUCCCCUCAUGUCUCUCAGUCUUGCUGGUCAGUACAUCACCCUGCAGACGACCUUUGGCCUUCGAGUCCGUUGGGAUGGAAACCACUACGCCCAGAUUACAGUUCCCAGCUCUUACCAUGACCAGAUGUGUGGUCUCUGUGGAGAUUAUGAUGGGAACCCGAACAAUGACUUCACUAAACCAGACGGCUCUCUGGUAGCGAAUGUCAAUGACUUUGGGAACAGCUGGCAAACCAAAGAAGAUGAGGAUGAAUCGUGUACCCCAGGCACCAAGCCUGACCCAGACUGUGACCCCAACCUGGAGGCUGAGGUGGUAAAACCUGAGAAAUGUGGCAAAAUCAAAGACCCAGCUGGACCCUUUAGGGAGUGCAUCAAUGUGGUGAAUCCCACUCCAUUCUUCCAGAGCUGUGUGUAUGACAUGUGUCAGUUUAAUGGGCAGCUGCAUGUACUGUGUGACCAGCUCCAGGCCUACACUGAUGCCUGUCAAAGCGCUGGAGCCAAAGUCCACCAGUGGAGAACUCCGGACUUUUGUCCCCUGGCCUGUCCUCCCAACAGCUCCUACUCUCUGUGUGUGAGUUCAUGUCCAGAGACAUGCCAGGGUGCUGUUGGACCUUCAGGCUGUGAGGACGUGUGUGUAGAGGGUUGCGAGUGUAACCCAGGCUUCAUUCUCAGCAACGACAAGUGUGUGGCUCUGAAGGACUGUGGCUGUGUGGACACCAGUGGAUCCUAUCACCCUGUGGGUGAUGACUGGCUCUUGGAGGGUUGUGAGCAGAGGUGUGUGUGUAACAGUGGAGGAUUAAUCCAGUGUCGCAACAGCAGCUGUAAUCCAACCACUGAGAGCUGCCAGUUACAAGAUGGAGAAUAUGAAUGCCGUCCCUUGGGAAGUGGAAUCUGCUCAGCAUCUGGAGAUCCUCACUACACCACCUUUGACAAACACAGUCACCAUUAUAUGGGAGCCUGUUCCUACACCCUGACCAAACCCUGCAACAUUUCCUCUGACUUGCCGUACUUUACUGUGGACACCCAGAAUGAGCACAGAGGAAGCAAUACCAAGAUUUCCUACGUCAGGGCUGUGGUGAUCAAUGUCAACGGUAUCACUGUGAUCCUUGGCAAAGGCCGCACAGUUCAGGUCAAUGGGACUCUGGUGGUUCCUCCUAUCACCCCUAUCACUGGAAUGAAGAUCUACUUGAGUGGAACUUUCAUCGUGUUGGAGACGUCAUUUGGCCUAAGGGUGCGUUUUGAUGGGAACCACCACGCUGACGUCACUGUGCCAACGUCUUACAACGGUCUCCUCUGUGGCCUGUGUGGAAACUUUAAUGGCAACUCCAAAGAUGACAACUUGAAACCAGACAGUACUCCAGCUGCUAACACUAACGAACUGGGAGACAGUUGGCAGGUCCCUGACCCACGUCCUGACUGUACGAAUGGAGGAGGACAGGAAGAUUGUGAUAAAAAUGUAGAGGAGGAGGCAAAGAAGCCGACCAGCUGUGGCAUGAUCACUGAUCCCAAUGGUAUCUUCAAGCCGUGCCAUGCAUUCGUGCCCCCCACUCCAUACUUUGAAAACUGUGUGUAUGACAUGUGUGCUACCGGAGGUCAGACUGGGGCUUUGUGCGAAGCCAUACAGAGCUAUGCUGACUUGUGUGCUGCAGCAGGAGUCCCCAUCGCAUGGAGGAACAGCACCUUCUGUCCCCUGACGUGUCCUCCUGGCAGUCACUACACCCCAUGCGGCCCCGCCUGUCCCCAGCCCAGCUGUCAGGACCCUGCAGGUCCCGGUGGCUCCUGCAACCAUCCAUGCGUGGAGGGAUGCAUCUGUAACCCUGGCCUCGUCCUCAGUGGAGACAAAUGUGUCCCACUGAGUGAGUGCGGCUGCACUGAUGGAGAUGGAAAUUACAGACCGCUGGGAGACACUUGGUUCACAGAGAUGAAUUGCUCAGAGCGCUGUCAGUGUCAUGGCAACCACAACAUCACCUGCGAGGCCUGGCAGUGCAGCCCUACAGAGGAGUGCAUAGUGGUGGAUGGAGUCCUGGACUGUCACUCUACAGGACCAACUACACCUAAACCAACCACUCCAGGACCAACUACACCUAAACCAACCACUCCAGGACCAACUACACCACCAAAGCCGUGCCCACCUGAUGCAGAGUAUAUAGAGUGUGGUCCAGCCUGUAUCCCCACCUGUAUGGAGCCCUCCACCAACUGCUCUGGCUCCUGCAUCAGCGGCUGCUUCUGUAAACCAGGCUUCGUCUUCAAAGGACAGCGCUGUGUUCCCCUGGAGAAGUGUGGCUGUCUGGAUGACCAGAAUAACUAUUAUGAGCCUGGUGAGAUCAUAUUUGGAGAUGGCUGCUCAACCCUGUGUCGCUGUGCAGGAAACUACACUUUGGAAUGUGUUGAUAACUCCUGUGACCCCACUGAAGAGUGUCGCGAGGUUAACGGUGUUGCAGCCUGCUACCCUAAAGGUACAUCCACAUGCAUAGCGACUAGUGAUCCCCACUACACCACCUUUGACAAAGUGAACUACAACUUCAUGGGCAAUUGCAGCUACCUGAUGUCUGCACUCUGCAAUGACACCGCUCUGCCAUAUUUUGAGGUCCACGCUGACAAUGAGAAUCGCUUCAACACGCCCACCAUUUCCUAUGUGGCGGCCGUUCAUGUAUAUGUACACAGGGUGAAGAUCUCCAUUCUCAAAGGAGGCACUGUGCAGGUGAAUGGGACCAACGUUCAUUUGCCAGUGAGUCCAGCCACUGGUGUCUCUGUGUUCAAGUCUGGAGUUCACUACACUGUGUCCAUGAACUUUGGUGUGACUGUUCGCUAUGAUGGAAAUCACUUCAUGGACAUCAAAGUGAUCAAAGACUAUCAGGACAAACUUUGUGGGCUGUGUGCAGAUUAUAAUGGAAAUACUAAAGAUGAGUUCCGCAAACCAGAUGGAUCAUUGACCAACGAUGCCAAUGACUUUGGACACAGCUGGAACACUAAUCCAGAGUGUAAUAAGAAACCUAACACAACUGUCCCUGGGUGUAAUGAAGGAGAGCAGGAAAUCUAUGAGAGCUCUGGGUUCUGUGGAAUGCUGCUGGACAAAAAGGGUCCAUUUGCUGCUUGCCACCCCAAAGUCAACCCCAAUAACUACUUCAAGAACUGUGUCUUUGACCUGUGUGAGUUGGGAGGUGCCAGACCUGUUCUGUGUGAAGCCAUUGAAGCCUACGUGAAUGAGUGCCAGGACCGUGGGGUCAACAUUGGACCUUGGAGGAAUGAGACCUUUUGCCCUCUGAGCUGUCCCCCCAACAGUCACUAUGAGCCCUGUGCAGACCCCUGUCAGGAGACAUGUUCUGGAAAACCCCCGUCCUGCAGUGGACCCUGCUCUGAGGCCUGUGUGUGUGAUCCUGGCUAUGUGCUGAGUGCUGGCAAGUGUGUCAAGAAGAAUUCAUGUGGCUGCCUCCACACCAACGGACAAUAUUAUGAGCCAGGAGAGGAGUUCUAUGUAGAGGACUGUAAGCUAAAAUGCAGGUGUGAUGCUCCAUUUGUCACGUGUGUGGCCGGUGGAUGUCCCCCACUGCACGAGUGUAAACUUCAGGAUGGAGAGCUGGGCUGCUACCCCACUGGUUCUCAGGACUGCGUGGUCUCUGGAGACCCUCAUUACAACACCUUUGACAAGAAGUUCUACAGCUUCAUGGGAACAUGUACCUACACACUGGCCAGAUCCUGCAGGAACAACACAGGUCCUUGGUUCUCAGUGGAGGGAAAGAAUGAGGAGAGAGGAGUGACAGGUGUUUCCUAUCUCCGGAAACUGUACAUCACUGUGAAUGGAAUCACUGUGACAAUGCUGAAGAGCAGGAGGACGCUGGUCAAUGGACUCCGAGUGGCCCUGCCUCACUCCCCGUCUCCCCUCAUGUCUCUCAGUCUUGCUGGUCAGUACAUCACCCUGCAGACGACCUUUGGCCUUCGAGUCCGUUGGGAUGGAAACCACUACGCCCAGAUUACAGUUCCCAGCUCUUACCAUGACCAGAUGUGUGGUCUCUGUGGAGAUUAUGAUGGGAACCCAAACAAUGACUUCACUAAACCAGACGGCUCUCUGGUAGCGAAUGUCAAUGACUUUGGGAACAGCUGGCAAACCAAAGAAGAUGAGGAUGAAUCGUGUACCCCAGGCACCAAGCCCGACCCAGACUGUGACCCCAACCUGGAGGCUGAGGUGGUAAAACCUGAGAAAUGUGGCAAAAUCAAAGACCCAGCUGGACCCUUUAGGGAGUGCAUCAAUGUGGUGAAUCCCACUCCAUUCUUCCAGAGCUGUGUGUAUGACAUGUGUCAGUUUAAUGGGCAGCUGCAUGUACUGUGUGACCAGCUCCAGGCCUACACUGAUGCCUGUCAAAGCGCUGGAGCCAAAGUCCACCAGUGGAGAACUCCGGACUUUUGUCCCCUGGCCUGUCCUCCCAACAGCUCCUACUCUCUGUGUGUGAGUUCAUGUCCAGAGACAUGCCAGGGUGCUGUUGGACCUUCAGGCUGUGAGGACGUGUGUGUAGAGGGUUGCGAGUGUAACCCAGGCUUCAUUCUCAGCAACGACAAGUGUGUGGCUCUGAAGGACUGUGGCUGUGUGGACACCAGUGGAUCCUAUCACCCUGUGGGUGAUGACUGGCUCUUGGAGGGUUGUGAGCAGAGGUGUGUGUGUAACAGUGGAGGAUUAAUCCAGUGUCGCAACAGCAGCUGUAAUCCAACCACUGAGAGCUGCCAGUUACAAGAUGGAGAAUAUGAAUGCCGUCCCUUGGGAAGUGGAAUCUGCUCAGCAUCUGGAGAUCCUCACUACACCACCUUUGACAAACACAGUCACCAUUAUAUGGGAGCCUGUUCCUACACCCUGACCAAACCCUGCAACAUUUCCUCUGACUUGCCGUACUUUACUGUGGACACCCAGAAUGAGCACAGAGGAAGCAAUACCAAGAUUUCCUACGUCAGGGCUGUGGUGAUCAAUGUCAACGGUAUCACUGUGAUCCUUGGCAAAGGCCGCACAGUUCAGGUCAAUGGGACUCUGGUGGUUCCUCCUAUCACCUCUAUCACUGGAAUGAAGAUCUACUUGAGUGGAACUUUCAUCGUGUUGGAGACGUCAUUUGGCCUAAGGGUGCGUUUUGAUGGGAACCACCAUGCUGACGUCACUGUGCCAACGUCUUAUAACGGCCUCCUCUGUGGCCUGUGUGGAAACUUUAAUGGCAACUCCAAAGAUGACAACUUGAAACCAGACAAUACUCCAGCUGCUAACACCAACGAACUGGGAGACAGUUGGCAGGUCCCUGACCCACGUCCUGACUGUACGAAUGGAGGAGGACAGGAAGAUUGUGAUAAAAAAGUAGAGGAGGAGGCAACGAAGCCAACCAGCUGUGGCAUGAUCACUGAUCCCAAUGGUAUCUUCAAGCCGUGCCACGCAUUCGUGCCCCCCACUCCAUACUUUGAAAACUGUGUGUAUGACAUGUGUGCUACCGGAGGUCAGACUGUGGCUUUGUGCCAGGCCAUACAGAGCUAUGCUGACUUGUGUGCUGCAGCAGGAGUCCCCAUCGCAUGGAGGAACAGCACCUUCUGUCCUCUGAAGUGUCCUCCUGGCAGUCACUACACCCCAUGCGGCCCCGCCUGUCCCCAGCCCAGCUGUCAGGACCCUGCAGGUCCCGGUGGCUCCUGCAACCAUCCAUGCGUGGAGGGAUGCAUCUGUAACCCUGGCCUCGUCCUCAGUGGAGACAAAUGUGUCCCACUGAGUGAGUGCGGCUGCACUGAUGGAGAUGGAAAUUACAGACCGCUGGGAGACACUUGGUUCAAAGAGAUGAAUUGCUCAGAGCGCUGUCAGUGUCAUGGCAACCACAACAUCACCUGCGAGGCCUGGCAGUGCAGCCCUGCACAGGAGUGUAAAGUGGUGGACGGAGUCCUGGACUGUCACUCCACAGGUAAAGGCGUGUGUCACGUGGCUGGAGAUCCACACUACUACACCUUUGAUGGCGAAAUGCACACAUUUAUGGGCACCUGCACUUAUACUCUGGUGGAGGUGUGUAACGCCACCAAAGUAACUCCCUUCAAGAUAGUGGCUAAAAACGAGGAGCGUGGUCAACCAGAAGCUUCCUAUGUUCGCUCAGUCAGAGUCUACCUGCCUCACGACACUGUGGUUGAACUUCAGAAGAGUCACAGAGUUCUGGUGAACAAUCGGCGGGUGCGAACCCCGGUUUCCAUCGACUUGGCUGGAGCUAAGGUGAUAAGCAGCGGGAUCUACAGUAUGCUGGACACUAAUUUUGGUUUGCAGGUGAAGUUUGAUGGAGUCCAUCACUUGGAGAUCACCGUUCCUGGAGCUUACUUCAACAAGCUGUGUGGCAUGUGUGGAAACUACAACCACAACACCUCUGAUGAUAACCUGAUGCCCAAUAAGAAACCAGCAGAAGAUGUGAUUGAACUGGGCAACAGCUGGAAAUCAGAGGGGGACAGUGACCCUGGCUGUCAGCCAGACACUCGUCCAGAUGUUCACCCCGACUGCACCGCAGAAGAAGAGAAGCUGUAUGAGGCCCACUGUGCUGAAGUUCUCUUCUCUGACCGCUUCAAGCCCUGCCACCCUCACGUGCCUCCAGAUGCUUUCCUGCUUAACUGUGUGUACGACAUGUGUGAGUAUGACGGAAUGCUGGCGACGCUGUGCGACAACGUGGAGGCGUACGCGCAGGCCUGUCAGAGCUCCGGAGUCACCAUCAGCUGGAGGAACAACACCUUCUGUCCCCUGCCCUGCCCUCCGAACAGCCACUAUUCAGAUUGCACUGCUCCCUGUCCGCCCACAUGCUCCGACCUCUUCCCCGUUUUCUGCCACCUCCCUCCAACCGCCUGUGUGGAGGGCUGCCAGUGUGACGCCGGCUAUGUUCUCAGUGACAACAAAUGCGUUCCUUUCAGCGAAUGUGGUUGCGUGGACACAGAUGAAGAGUAUCAUGAUGUGGGAGACUCAUGGCUGACAGACAACUGUGCUGAAUCAUGUACCUGUAGUGUUGGUGGCAAAAUCACAUGUAAGGAGCACAGCUGUAAUUCAAACUCAGUGUGUCACCUGGACAAAUAUGGAGACCGCUACUGCCAACCCACCAAAUUCAGCAAGUGCAGCAUCACCGGGGAUCCUCACCACAGAACGUUUGACGGCUACAACCACCACUUCCAGGGUCCCUACACCUAUGUUCUGACCCAGAGUCACAACCUGCCCAACUCUCUGUCACCCUUGGUGGUGAGGGGGAAGAACAUCAGACGUGGGGGAAACAAGAGGGUGUCUUUCCUGGACCAGGUGUACAUAGAUGUCUAUGGUGUCAAUGUUCGCUUCCUUCAGAAGAAGAUCGUGCUGGUGAAUGGGGAGCGUGUUGCUCCUCCUCUCAGUCCAGUCAGAGGCCUGAGGAUCACAAUGAACUCCAUGCAGGUCCAGCUUACAACUGACUUUGGACUCACUGUACGCUUCGAUGGCAGUAGUCGUGGAGAAAUCAUCCUGCCCGGCACCUAUAAGAACUCUGUCAGAGGCUUAUGUGGAAACUAUGACGACAGCACCAGAAAUGAGUACAUGAAGCCAGAUGGGACUGUGGUCAGGGAUCUGAACACGUUCGGAGAAAGCUGGAGGGUCAGUGACCGAGGGGUUGAAGGACUCAGAGGCCUAACCCACCCUCAGUCUGUCCACAUCCACAGGAGAGAGGUGGAGACUGAUCUAGAUUCAGGGUUUGAGACACCGGACUGUUCUUCGUCUCAGCUCAAUGCCUACAACAGUGUGAGCCAGUGUGGAGCCCUGUCUGACGCCAACGGACCAUUUGCUGCCUGCCACGGCACCCUGCUGCCUGGAACCUACCAGGAAGACUGUGUGUUUGAUCUGUGCGCUGAGAGCGGCAGUGCAGCGCUGCGCUGUGCCAGCUAUGAAGCAUACGCUGCAGCCUGUCAGGAGGCUGGGGUCAAGUUUGGGUCAUGGAGGCAGCAGCUGGACUGUGCGUUCUCCUGUCCUGCUAACAGCACUUACUCCCUGUGUAUGUCUCCUUGCCCUGCAUCGUGUGCUGAUCUGGCGGCACCGUCUGAGUGUGAUGUGACUUCCUGCAUGGAGGGCUGCCAAUGUGCGCCAGGUUUUGUCAUGAGUGAGGGAGUCUGUGUACAAUACCAACAGUGCGGCUGCACCUUAUUCAACAGAUACUAUCCUCUCAAAGAAAAGUUUGUCACUGAGGACUGUGCACUGUCCUGUGAAUGCACAAGCACAGGAGCUGUGUGUCAAUCCAAGACCUGUCAGGAUGGUGACGUCUGCACCAUCUUUGACUUUAAACGGGACUGCUACAAAGCAAGUCCCUGCCUGAGUUACCCCUGUCUGAAUGGAGGAACCUGUAAAGAAGCCUCUGACAACAGCUACACAUGUCAGUGUGCAGAGGGCUUCGAGGGCCAAAACUGCGAAGUGGAGAUAAAAGAGAGCGGCGGACUAGAAACCAAGUGGAUCAUCCUGAUCGCAGUCCUGGUGUCAGUCGCUGUUAUCGUCAUUGUCACAACCACCAUUGUGUGUGUUUGUAAGCAGAAAUCCAAGUCACAGAUUUAUGUAAUUCAGAAGCAGCAUGCAUAUGACUCUGGGAAAAAGAAGAUGGAGCAGAAGCUCAGCAUGAAAUCGACAAGUGUUCCCUAUACCAGCAUGGAUGAGAAAAAGGAGAGAGUGACUAGCAUGUGAAAAAACCAUUUAACUGAAUGUAAAACCUGAAUGAAUGAAGCCAAUGUCUGAAUAUUAUGAAAACAGUUCAACAGGUCUUGACAGAAACCUCAAACUGUAUGAAAUGAAUUUGUCUUGUGAGUGUGUGAUAAGAACUGUUUAUGCUAUGUCCACAGUUUGCGUGUAUUAACUUAUACUUUUGAAGAUUUCAGUCAGAUGUAUAUGAUUCAUUAACAGAAGUGUAAAUGCCAGUGUUUGCUUGUGUAAUUUUGGAAUGAAAGUGAAAAAUGAAAGUGUUUGUACAACUACAACGGCUCUGACUGUAGGAGCAGAACAAUAGAUAAACCAGUAAAAAGGCCGACACCUUAUCAAGCACUGCUUUUUAUUUAUAAUCUCUGUAGGCAGAAAACUGCACACAAACGCGUCACAGUGUCAAGUUGAACAAUAAUCCUCGUCAUGACUGAAACCUUUCAUUUAAUAGCAUGGAAUGAAACAACAACACAUGGUUGUUGUCUGUUCAGCCAGUAGCUGAAUACUGAACGCUGGCAGAAGAUGUCAGAGCUCAAUUGCCCC